AUGUCUUCCGAGUUAAAAGCCAUGGAACCACCAAAGCCUAGUUAUGACCAAGAAUGGGUCAUUCAGAUUAGUCGAGCCCUAGAAGAAGACCUACAAGACAUUAACGCUGAAGGCCUUCCCGUGAGCAUCUUCAGUGUACCCAAAACCCUAAUAUCUCUCAAACCAGAUGCAUACACUCCACAGCUUAUGGCCCUUGGCCCAUACCAUCACCAGCGGCCUGAACUCUGCGAAAUGGAGCACCACAAACUCACUUCAGCUAAAAGAGUGCAAAAGAAUUUGCAACAAAUCAAAUUCUGCCACCUGGUCAACCAUAUUGCCCAAAGUGAUAGCACUGUCCGCGCUUGCUACCACAGGUUCUUGGAGUUCGACCAGGAAACACUUGCGUUGAUAUUCGCCAUCGAUGCUUCCUUCUUGUUGGAGUAUCUCCAAACCUACUCUCCCGAAAUGGAAGAAGGCUCGCUUAUGCGAAUCUCUUCUAAGAUGGCACAUUUGAUCGACUAUACAAGGAGGAAAACCGCACACCACGCCAUCCUCAGAGAUGUUAUUAAGCUGGAAAACCAAAUCCCUCUCUUUUUACUCAGAGAAGUCCACAGUUUUUAUCCGGGUGAAGAUCAUGACGAAGUAUUUGCCACCAUGCUGAUGGGUUUUUGCAAAGAUCUAUUGCCCACCAAGUACAUUAAUUACCAACGUUUCAGAGAAGAAUGCUUCGGGAGAGCUCAUUUGCUACAACUUCUCUACUACAUGGUUGCGCCAAAGUUUCAACUUGUACCUGAUUGCAGUGAGCAGGAGAAGCCUAAAGAGAGUGAAGAGAUUGGCAGCGUGGCCGAAGAGGUGGAAAUUAGUGCAUCUCAUGAGAUGGAAGUCGAGUUAAGUCCUUUGGUCGAAGAGAUUGCAAUCCCAAGCGUGACACAGCUUCAUAAAAUUGGUGUCAAUUUUUGUCCAACAAAGGGUGGCUUGGAAUCCAUAAAUUUCGACGAGUCUUGUGAUAAAUUUUACCUUCCGAUUAUUCAUUUGGAUGAUAACUCGGAAGUUGUGCUGAGGAACCUCGUGGCCUAUAAGGCAUGUGUUGCACCGGAGAUGAUGGUUUUUACACGUUACACGGAAUUGAUGAACGGAAUAAUUGACGAUGAGGAGGAUGUGAGGAUUCUUCGAGAGGCAGGGAUCAUCUUGAACCGCCUCAAAAGCGAUGGAGAAGUGGCAACGCUUUGGAAUGGCAUGACGAAGUCUGUGCGGGCAACGAAAGUUCCAGUUCUCGACAAGACCAUUGAAGGUGCAAAUACUUAUUACUCAGAGAGUUGGAAGGUCAGGAUGAACGUGACGAUGAAGAAGUAUGUCUUUGCUUCUUGGCCAUGUCUUACGUUUUUAGCAGCAAACAUUCUGAUAUUGAUGUCUACUCUUCAGGCUGCUUGCUCCAUGUACAAUUGCUCCAAAAUUUUCAAGUCGCUGUGA